GUUACUUUUUAGUAUUUUUCUUCCUCGUGGAGGAAGAAAUUUUACUUUUUUUCCACAAUUUUCUACUUCUUUUCACUAUUUUAAUUUCUUCACUGCGAAUUUUCUUCGCGAUGAAGACGCAUUUUUGUCGAGUAAGAAAAAAAAAUGUUUACCCACAAAAAAAUGAGAAAAAAAUUGGACAUCAUAAAAUUGCAAUUCCCAUGGGAGAGGACAGAUUGUAUCUUCCGGUUUCACGGUUCUGUGAAUUUUCUAUGGAUUCCCAAGCAACGCUCCGGCGCAGUUGAAGCGCACAAUGAUUUUUCAAAGAAGCACUGGGAAAUAAAGCUCGACACAGUCUAAUAGAAACCACCAUGACUGAUAGAAACGAGAAAGUUGAAAAAAGCCAAUCGGAUUUUAUUGUAAAAAAAUCAUUGCCUAAUGCAAAAAAAGAAUUACGUCUCAUUAUAGAGAAAAUUGAUCAUAUUGGAUAUGCGAUUCGUGCAAUUUGUCUUUGGCGCGCUUACUCACACUUGCGACCAUUUCAAAUUAAAUUUCAUCUAUCACGUUAUUCGAGUUUUGGAAUUUUCACCAUUUUUUGCUGGAUUAUUUAUUAUUCUUUUAAUCGUUACAUCACAACGAUUAAAUACGAUCGUUGUCUGAAGGAACAGCCGGCAUUUGCUCAGAAAUAUUUUCGACCUCCAGUGGAUUGUUCGAUGUGCCAUGACAUUCAACAGGUUGAAAGAGUCUCGAAUUUGGAUCCAAUUGCAUUUGAAGAACGAUUUGCGUAUACAGGAAGACCUGUGGUUAUAAUUGACGGUGCGGCAAAUUGGACAGCAAUGAAUGUAUUUUCUUUUGAAUUCUUCAAAAAUUUGUAUCAAGAACAACGCGUUAGUUGUCAAUUUUUUCCAUAUCAGACGGAAUUUCAUAAUUUGAGAGAUGUCUUCAAUAUGAGCGCGGAAAGAGCGCUUCUCAAAAGUGGCACUCAACCCUGGUACGUUGGAUGGAGUAAUUGCGAAAAAAGUAUUGGUACAAUUCUCAGAAGACAUUACGACAGACCUUAUUUUUUGCCCGAAAAUGCCGAGAGUGAAAAAACUGACUGGAUUUUUAUGGGAAGUCCCGGAUAUGGAGCGCCAAUGCACGUCGAUGACGUUACGAAUCCAUCGUGGCAAGCUCAAAUAAAAGGGAAAAAAUUAUGGUCACUGGAACCGCCUCGCGAAUGUCAUUAUUCGUGUAGUAGUCUCAAAAUAAUUGUCAACCCUGGAGAAAUACUUGUUUUGGACACCAACUGGUGGUAUCAUCAGACGAAGAUCGUUUCCGAAGAUAUGAGUAUUACAAUAGGGGCUGAAUAUGACUAAGUGUAAAAUAAAAUUAUACAAAGUUAAACAUUUGAA